AAGUAUACAAAAACCGGAAUUGAUGCUCGCUCGCCACGACUCUCACCACCACGCACUCACGCAGACGCAGAAUCCAAGAAACGGCGUGAGAUCAGAUGUCGUCUACUGUAGAGAGCCUGUGGAGAUCAGUAACGGGUUCCAAUCCCGACCCGUCAGACUACUCGGGGAUUGAGUUCUGGUCCAACCCGGAGCGGGCCGGGUGGCUAACCAAGCAAGGCGAGUACAUCAAGACCUGGCGCCGUCGUUGGUUUGUUCUCAAGCAGGGAAAGCUUCUGUGGUUCAAAGACCCCGCCUCCGCCUCCACUCCCGACGCCGUCCCGCGCGGCGUCGUCGCCGUCAACGAGUGCCUUACCGUCAAGGGCGCCGAGGACGUCCUCCACAAGCCCUUUUCUUUCGAGCUCUCCACUAGCCGCGACACCAUGUACUUCAUCGCCCACUCCGAGAAGGAGAAGGAGGACUGGAUCAAUUCCAUCGGCCGCUCCAUCGUUCAGCACUCCAGAUCUCUCGCCGACUCUGAGGUCGUCGAUUACGAUAGCAGGCAGCCCGUAGUUUGACAAGUUUAUUUUGCAGAUAAACAUUGCGAAUGGAUGAUCUUGCAAGUGUACCAGUUGUUUGAGACUCGAGUCAUCUGGCGCCGGGAGUGUUUUCUUUUGUUAUUAGUUAACGACUUAACGUGGUAGAUGGUGUAUGGAAAUGUGUAUUGAUCGCGUAGAGUAGGUCUAGUUCAAGUAAUGGAACAGUGGUUACGGGUUCUUGAAUUGUUAUUUGUCAAAUUGCUUUUCUUCAACUGAGAGGUCAUCACAGCUUGGAUGAAUCCGAAACUAAACAAUUUCCUCUGCCUUUCUCUCAUAUUAUAAAGGUAUAAAUAUACAUUCUUUUAAUUUUU